ACGCAAGAUUUAUCGAUUGUUUAUCGCACUGAAGUGUAUUAUACGUUUCUCUGCUAAAACGAGUCGGCGUUAUAUUUACCGUUAGGCUUUUUAUGGUUUACGCUAAUUGUUUGUUCAUGCAUUUUCGUUUCUAUCACAUAAAAGACAAUGGAAUUCAAUUUGCUAAAAGCGUGUUCCAAUACGUACGGAUUACUUCUAUUACUGUUCAUAUUGUGUUUAACUUUCUGUUACCCAAGGCGCCGGAAAGGGAUACCUCCGGGCCCUCUCCUGGUCCCCGUGUUGGGCAAUCUGCUCUCGCUGGCAAGCCGGGAUCCAAUGUCGAGAUUCGCGGCACUGAGAAGAAAAUACGGAGACGUAUAUGGUAUCUACAUAGGUCGGGAGUUAACCGUCGUACUGAACGGAUAUGACGUUAUUCACGACGCGCUGGUUAAGCAUGGGAAAUUAUUUUCCGUGCGUCCGAGGUCCAAAUUUCACCAGAUUAUGUUCAAAGAUCCGGGCAUUGUGUUUGCCAAUGGGCCUAUGUGGAAGGAGCACAGACAGUUUGCUCAGAGGGCGCUAAACGAGUUCGGGUACGAAUGGUCAGAACGAACUAUCGAGGAGAGAAUUAAUGAAGAGAUCGGAUAUUUUUUGAGAACAGUAGGAAGUCAUGAUGGCCCUUACGACGUCGGUGGGUUGGUCAACCUCAGCGUUGCCAACGUCGUGGCCGGAAUUAUGUUCGGAAAGCGCUGUGAGUACGAUGACGUUAAAUUCAAGGAGUGUCUCCACAGUGUAGGGGAGGCGGCUCGUUUGCUCACCCGGUCUGGGCUCUUAAUGAGCCUGUUCCCUUGGCUGUUUCAUGCCCCUGGGGAUCUGCUUGGCAUAGAUAAACUGGCGAAAAUACGCGAAAAACCGAGAGCGUUCUUGAACCACGUGUUCUAUUGGCACGACUUGCAUUUCAACCGAGAAGAGACUCGAGAUGUACUUGGACUGUAUAAACAAGAAAUCAUUAGAAAAUUGCGCAAAAAUGACGAGUGCAAAUUCAAUAACGUCACAAUGCGCGCGCUUAUGGGCGAGCUACUAAGCGCGGGCUCUGAAACAACUGCCACGUGCAUAAUUUGGACUAUUCUGUAUUUAGUUCUUAACCAGGAACUGCAGGAGAAGUUACGGAGUGAUAUUGACAGGGUGGUUGGUUGUAAGCGACCACCGUUUUUGAGCGACAGGAAACAACUACCUCUCGUGGAGGCCACAAUCCUCGAAUGUCUCCGAAUAUCGCCCGUCGCACCCUUGUCAGUACCGCAUGCUGUGCACGAGGACGUCAGUUUCAGAGGUCAUGUUAUACCGGCGGAAACCACUGUCCUCGUCAAUAUCCACUCUGUCAUGAAAGAUCCGAGCACGUGGUCGGAACCGGAUGUGUUCAAACCGGAACGAUUUCUAAACAACGAUGGCGAUCUGGAGAUUCCAAAUGAGUUCAUCGCGUUUUCUAUUGGUCGGCGGUCGUGUCCCGGGGAGUCGCUGGCGCGCAUGGAACUAUUUUUGUACGUCACUUCCUUACUUCAGCGGUUUACUUUGGCACUGCCGACAAGUCAGCCGCCUCCGACGACGGAGGGUGUGCUAGGAAUGACGUUCAGUCCGAAACCGUUCCAAAUAAUCUUCACGCCGAGAGACUGCAUGUCAAAUCCAGACUGGGAAAAUGUCGGGAUAUGAGAUAUUGCAUGUACAUAUCAUAUGAAUUAUGUGGAUCGACGAAAUGAUUGUACUGCCAUUAUUAUGGGAAAGACCAUUAAUCAUAAUAUUACUCGGCGUCUUCAUUCCAUCUUAACCAUAUGAAAGUGUUUUACGCUGACCAUCUUUUCAAUGAAUGUGGCUAAAACCAUACUGCAGUAAGGCCCUUAUUAAAUCAAGGCAAAAAUAAUGAAUCGUGAAAGUUGACGUUAUAACGUGUUCGCAGUUUAGUUGUUCAUCUAAACGAAUAUCAAAUAGAAUCACAUCAAACUUA